GCGCAACGACGCGGUGUUCCUCGUCACUGUGUCCGUGCGUUUCCUGUGCUACCAACACCUGGUUCCAGCGCACCGUUCUGUGUAGUUUACUCAUUAACCAGCCUUGGCUGGUGCGUCGGUGACUGUCGCCCUCUCUUAUUGUCCUCGUCAUCCGUUUCUGUGCCUUGAGUGUCCGUAUGAACCUACCAAUCUGGAGCGCAGACGGAAGAAGAUUGAGGAGUUCUCUAAAUCCUCCAAGGAGAAGCUACUUCAGUCUAAAACUAAGAUGUUUUCCAAGCUCACCUCCAUUCUCCAGCACGCUGUGGAAGUGCUCGCACCUUCUCUUCCUUUACAAGAGGACUUUGUGUACCAUUGGAAGGCCAUUACCCACUAUUAUAUUGAAUCUGCAGAUGACAAAGCUCCAGUGACUGAUACAAACAUCCCAUCACACUUGGAACAAAUGCUGGAUAUCUUGAUUCAAGAGGAAAACGAACGUGAAUCUGGAGAGACGGGACCUUGUAUGGAAUACUUACUGCAUCACAAGAUCUUGGAGACUCUGUACACGUUGGGAAAGGCUGAUUGUCCUCCAGGAAUGAAACAACAAGUGCUGGUUUUCUACACAAAACUGCUGGGAAGGAUCAGGCAGCCUCUUCUUCCACAUAUCAAUGUGCACAGACCUGUUCAGAAAUUAAUCAGACUUUGUGGUGAAGUUUUAACAGCUCCAACAGAAAAUGAGGAAAUCCAGUUUCUUUGUAUAGUUUGCGCAAAGCUGAAGCAAGAUCCAUAUCUGGUCAAUUUCUUUCUGGAGAACAAGUUAAAAACGUUAGCUACAAAACAAUCUGAUGCUUCAAGUAAAGCACAGGAAUCCAAUGAGGUACUGAUUGCAGACACAGGACAGACUGUGGAGCCUGGAAUAAUGUGUGGCUCAACAGGUGCUGCGGUUAAUAGUGGGACGCUGAGUGAAAGUGAACUUUCAGAUGACUUAUCUGCAUCACUGGACUCGUUAGAUAUGACCAGCCAGCCUGAAGCUCCUAUUAAUCGACCAAAUCAGGACUACAAUUUGGUGAAUUCUCUACUAAAUCUCACAAGAAGUCCAGAUGGCCGAGUAGCUGUGAAGGCAUGUGAAGGUCUCAUGUUACUUGUAAGUUUACCAGAACAAGCAGCUGCCAAGUGCCUUACUGAAAGCACACUUCUGUGUGAACUGCUGACCGAAAGACUAGCUGCCCUUUAUAAGGCACUGCCUCAGUCAAUGGAUCCUUUGGAUAUUGAGACAGUGGAAGCAGUCAAUUGGGGGUUAGAUUCUUACAACGUUAAAGAAGAUACGUCAGCUUUCCAUGGGAAACGUGCACUUAUCUCAUUCCUUUCCUGGUUCGAUUACUGUGACCAGCUCAUCAAAGAAGCACAUAAGGUCAAUGAUGUCAUUACUUUUCGAACUACAUAUUUAAAAAUAAUAUGUCUUUUUUGUAUUACAGCAUCUUAUAACAUAAUGACCCUGAGGUUAUUUGAGCACCUGCUACAAAAACCUAACGAGCAUAUCCUUUAUAACCUCAUUCUGAGAAACUUGGAAGAGAGGAACUAUGUUGAAUUUAAACCUGCCUGUCAGGAAGACCGGGAUGUAGUGGAGAAUGGACAGAUAGCAGGAGCAGUCGAUCUUGAAGAAGAUCCAUUGUUUACUGAUAUUUCACCUGGUAAUAGACUGUCUGGUACAGAAUGGCUUAGUGCAUCCCCUCCUCAGACUCCUGACCAUGUCAAGCCUGAUGGGAAGACAGAAGUUCAUAAAAUUGUAAAUAGCUUUCUUUGCCUUGUUCCUGAUGAAGCAAAAUCUUCAUACCAUGUGGAGGGUACAGGCUACGAUACCUACCUCAGAGAUGCUCACAGACAGUUCCGAGAUUACUGUGCAAUAUGUAUGCGAUGGGAUUGGCCGGGAUUACCAAAGUCAUUGGAGAGAUGUGAUUUGGAAGCUCCUUUUUUUGAGGGACAUUUCCUUAAAGUUCUCUUUGAAAGAAUGGGCAAGAUCCUUGAUCAGCCUUAUGACGUGAAUUUACAAGUGACGUCCGUGUUAUCCAAGCUGUCAUUAUUUCCUCAUCCUCAUCUACAUGAGUACAUGUUGGACCCCUACGUAAACCUGGCUCCAGGCUGCAGGUCUUUGUUCUCUGUUAUUGUGAGGGUUGUCGGAGACCUCAUGGUAAGAAUACAGCGUAUCCCAGAUUUUACUCCAAAACUUCUGCUGGUCAGAAAAAGAUUGCUGGGAAUGGAACCAGAAGGACCUGUAGUUGACCACAUGACUUUACUAGAAGGAGUAAUUAUACUCGAGGAAUUCUGCAAGGAGUUAGCAGCGAUAGCGUUUGUGAAGUUCCAUGCUUCUACAACUCCAUGAACAGUUUUACAGUGAUGCCAUUUAUGGAAAAUUACAGCGGUAAAUGGAUCCAUUUUUACAAAAGUAAUGCUAAAAGUACUCGCAGCUUGGCUGGAACUUCAGAAGUGUACUGUACUUAAAUGUCCACAGACCAAGCAUUUCAUAGCAUCUGUUUAUCAGAAGAUGGAGUUCAUACUGAUUAUGUUGAAACAGAUCCAAGAAAGGGUAUUAAUUCAGCUGAAGACUUGAAGAAAAAUGUAUCGUAGAAUGCUGAAAUUGGGAUUUUUGGAGCAGUGCUUGUCUGCAAACGUCUGAAGAGAUGUAGAUGGCCAAGCUUCACAGUUUAUUGCCUCUUAAGUAUUUAUGUAAGAUUUAGGGUGAAAGUACAUUGAGGUUCACUGACAGAAAGCAAUUACUCAGGCUUAGUGCAAUGUUUUUUUUUUUCUUUUUAAAUGCAUGGCCAUACAUGUUUUAACGUUUUUGUCUCUCUUCCGUUUUUAUAGUUAAAACGCUUCCUUAUUGGUAAGUGUGGUAUAACAUUUUACCUAAAAGAAAACUGAUAGCAUAUUUAUAUUUAGAAAUGAGGGCAAAAGAAGCAAGCUUAUAAAAUUAAGUUGACUAAUACACAUAAUAAAAUUUACAGUAACAGUUUUUUCAAACUCAAACAGUAAUCUUGGCAGGAAAUUUAAAUGCAGCAUAAGCAAAAAUAGAUUUGUAUUUGUUAAGAACAAAAGAGUAACUUGUUUUAUUUUAAGUGUUCCGUAAUCUGUGCUGCCUAGAACAACAGUGGUGACAUUAAGCUUCUGUCAUUCAUUCUGGUCAAUCAUGCAUUAAUCAGCAGAAAAUGUGACAUUUCACAGUAUGGUAUAGAGCAGGUAAUGAGGAAUGCUGCUGUAAUCUUGACAGUGGGAAGCUUUGCAUUGCGGUGGAGAUCUCCCUGAACUUGCAUUUUCAGUGUAGAUUCUGGGGCCACAGAUGUCAGGACUCUUUUAAUUGGCCCCUACCAUAGACUUUGUUGGACAGCUGUACUUUUUUACCCAUUGCAUUCAUUCAUUCAUUCUUCAGUCACUACACUUCCUGAAGCAUUACCUUGAUGCAUCUCUUGCCUGUUGGGUAUUCACUCACCUGGGAAAAAAGCUUAAGGACCACCCUGGCCCGUGCCACUGUUCAUCAGAUAUGGGAGAGCGAGACAGGCGGGACCUGUUGUAACGAUGCCCUGGCUCCUUUUUGUUGUGUGACAUUGUGCUUGUACCGCGCUCCCUGGCUCCUUUUUGUUGUGUGACAUUGUGCUUGUACCGCGUGCCCUGGCUCCUUUUUGUUGUGUGACAUUGUGCUUGUACCGCGCUCCCUGGCUCCUUUUUGUUGUGUGACAUUGUGCUUGUACCGCGUGCCCUGGCUCCUUUUUGUUGUGUGACAUUGUGCUUGUACCGCGCUCCCUGGAUCCUUUUUGUUGUGUGACAUUGUGCUUGUACUGUGCACCCUGGAUCCUUUUUGUUGUGUGACAUUGUGCUUGUACCGCACUGGUGUGUAUGCAGCACUUGGACAUUGUAUGCUGCAUUCUAAGCACACUGUUUUGUUUCUGACUUAUAACCAUUGUGGUCCUCACCAUGAGGUGAACACGCAGCAGCGGUUGGUACUUUCACCCCCUUGAGAUAGCUGAAGUGGCUCCUGUCUGCUUAAACAUACCUGCAGCACAAGCAGGGGUAGCCUGAGAAAGGUUGGUAGCAUCACGAGU